UACAUAUAAAAAAAAAACUACAGCUUCCUCGUUUUAACCACAUCCUCAUGACAUUAAACGCAGAAUAGCAGAAAGAGUUUAAAACCGGAAGUGCAUGUCCUAGACACGCAAACAUCCUAGUAAAAGACACAGCAAUUGUAUCGGCCCGUGUGCAAACAGGACAAAACCAAAGGACAGGAACUAAAAUGGAAAACAGAGUCAAAAACCAGAAUAACGAUACGCAGCGUGCGGCUUGGUAAGCUCAGGAAUUGCAGAAGAAUGUGUGUUCAUUCUGUCAGUGAGUCAGUGGAGAAUCUAAAACAUUAAGGAGAAUCCAGAGCGAGAUCAAGACCGCAGUUCAUGAACUGAUAAGGUUCUGACAUCAAGUUCCAGCUAGGAAAAAAAAGGUACUCAGGUAAAAGAUGGAAACUAAACCUUUAUCAGGACGUUCUCAGCAUCUCCUGCUGAUUCUCUUUCUGCUUUUUUGUUUCGGAGGAGUAUUCUAUACCUACUACAAGCCAACGAAAAACUUUUUCUCCUGCCCUAAUGUUCCAGUCUCCAAACAUGAAGUCUGCACAGAUCAAUGCCUCAUUGCAUUUAUAGAAAACUUUACCCAGAGUACAAACACCACCGGCAAUCUUAACUACACUUUGCUAAAGCAAAAUCAAAUUCUCAUGGAAAACAAUGAGGAAAAUCAGAACCUUGACACCAUCAUGUUAAUCUGGUCAUGGCCUUUUGGUUUUAAAUUUGAUGUAAAAGGCUGUAGUCCACAGUUUGGUAUUAAAGGUUGUCAAAUUACAGAUGACAGAAGCCAAUAUCACAAAGCCCAUGGUGUUAUGUUUCAUCACAGAGACAUUGGUGAUGAUUUACCAAACCUGCAGAAAAUGCCACGACCUCCACACCAGAAGUGGGUGUGGAUGAACUGGGAGUCUCCUGAUAAUUCAGCUAGACAUAAUGAGGCAGAUCAUUUAUUUAAUCUUACAGCAAAUUAUCAGAAAGAUUCAGACGUCUGGGUGCCUUAUGGGAGAAUUUUAGAGGCAUCUGAGAAGGACAAACCCUUUGAAAUACCACCAAAGGAUAAAAUUGUCUGCUGGAUUGUCAGUAACUGGAACCCCAACUUUAGGAGAGUUAAAUAUUUUAAUGAACUGAACAAACACAUCAAAGUAGAAGCUUACGGUAGACACUUCAACAGGUAUGUUCGUGAUGAAGAUUAUAAUAAGAUUUUAUCAAGCUGUAAAUUCUACUUAUCAUUCGAGAACUCCAUCCACAAAGACUACUUCACCGAAAAACUGUUUAAACCUCUGAAAUUCGGCACGGUUCCUGUGGUUCUCGGUCCACCCAGGGAGAACUAUGAGGAAUUCAUUCCAGCAGAGUCAUUCAUUCACGUGGACGAUUUCAAAUCCCCUCAAGAACUGGCAGAACAUCUCACACUUCUGGACAAAGACCAGAAGAUGUAUGAACAGUACUUCACCUGGAGACAAUAUUUUACUGCUGUAGUUGGAAUUUUUGGUCUAGAACAUGCUUGCCUAAGUUGUGAUUAUAUAAGAAACUAUAAGGGCUACAGAGUAUUUAAAAAUCUCAAUAAAUGGUAUUGGGAUUAGCUAGCAUGACACCAGAUUGAACUUUUGAUUGGGGACUCUGUAAAUCCCACCAUUCUUCCAAAUAUUUGAGUUUUUCAAUUCAAUUCAAUUCAAUUCAAUUCAAUUCAAUUCAAUUUUAUUUGUAUAGCGCUUUUUACAAUAGACAUUGUCUCAAAGCAGCUUUACAGAAAUAUCAACACGGUAUACAGAUAUUAAAGGUGUGAAUUUAUCCCAACUGAGCAAGACACUUUGUGGCGAGGGUGGCAAGGAAAAACUCCCUAAGAUGUUUUAAGAGGAAGAAACCUUGAGAGGAACCCGACUCAGAAGGGAACCCAUCCUCAUCUGGGUAACAACAGAUAGUGUGAAAAAGUUCAUUAUGGAUUUAUAUGAAGUCUGUAUGGCCUUAGGAGCAGCCGUAGUCCCAGCAGUCUGGAAUUAGAGAAGAUUUGAGCUCCAUCCAGAGGCAGAAAGGAUCUGGAUCUCUAGUAUCUCCAUAAAUUCAUGUGGGGCUCGGCGUUUUUCCAGAUCAAGACACUUGAUCUCAUUUUCUCUGCAGUCAGUGUAGCACAAAUUACGUUCAUUAUGAUUUUCAUCUAUUCUUUUGAUUGUACAUAAUAUUGAUCCUGCAAUUUUAUGCCCAGGAAAGCAUCACUGAUGAUAAUGAAUGUUAACCAAUAGCGAAACAUUCACAUUCUAUACUCUUCUAUUCUAUUUUUCCCCCUUUGCUUUAAUGUUGCUUUAUUUCUAUUUUGAUCUGCAAUACAACCUACAAAACAACUAUUUUAUUUCCGGAUUUGUGCCCAGUGACAAACUUUGUAUGCACUGCAAACACGACAUUGUUUACUGAAGAUUAAUGAAUAGCUAAUAACUCUCAUUUCAUAGCGAAUCCAGACACCCUUAGAUUCAGUUGAGAAAGUUUACCUAUAAAGAUCUAAAGAUAAAGACAUUUUGUUAUAUAUUUAUUUAUUCAGUUCUUGCAUACAAUUUACAAUGUGUUCAUUAAAGUGAGCAGAGCCACUGUACAAGCCAUAAAACUGAAUUUUGGACUGCUUUGUUUUAUCUUCAGCUCUAUGUUCCAUUGCACCUACCUCCAUUCAGAUAUUGGAGCACACACUAGUUAAAAUUAACGUUAUUCUCAUUAUUCACUUAAUCCAUGAACAGAAAAUGUUGAGCUCAUAUAAUGUUUUAUAAGCUUCUAACUGGGUUAAGAAAGGAAUUUUAAGCUUAUUAGUCUUAACUGUCACAGUGCUAUAAUGUAAAAUUUACACCCAUCCUCAGCUACAGGUGUAUGCAAAAGUUUGACCAUCCCUCGCCAAAUGACAUUUUGCUGAUUUUUGAAGUGGGGAAAAAAAACACACCUGUGUACAUGACAAUUCAUUUUAUUUCCUAUUUUUAAGCUAAUCAAAUAUACUGGGAGUACUUAUGUACGUGCUUUUUUUUGUUUUUUAUUUUUAAUAAAUUUGCAAAGAUUUCAAACAAACUUCUUUCACGUUGUCAUUAUGGGGUAUUGUUUGUAGAAUUUUGAGGAAAAUAAUGAAUUUAAUCCAUUUUGGAAUAAGGCUGUAACAUAACAAAAUGUGGGAAAAGUGAAGCGCUGUGAAUACUUUCCGGAUGCGCUGUAUAGUAACUGUGCAUUACUUGCAGAUUUUUUUUUUUUUUAAUUCAGAGGUUGCACAGCUUGUGCUUGUUUCCCCUAAAAAACAAGCAUGCAUGUAAUUUAGCUGGGGUGCCCAAACUUAUGCAUUCAACUCUACAAAGCUAAAAAGAAAGGCUUAACUUGAACCGUGAAAUACAAGGAGGACAUGCAUCAAGACUCUUCCUGUCCUACACACAGGUGGUGAAAACUUUGACUACUCCUGCUGUUAAUGUACUAGUUUGGAUUAACUCUUCUUAUGCAUGAUUUAAGACCCUGGCCUAUUUGUACUGACAUGAAGAUAUACUUUUUAAGGAGACAACAAAGCACUUCUGAGAGCCACUCAAAUGUAAAUAUAAAUUAAGCAAAUACCAUCACGAUCCAUGAUUUCAUUACCUCAAGUCUAGAACAGCAACUGAUAAAUGGCCUCCUAAAUGUCUUUAACAUGUUUAAUAUUAAAGGCCACUCUGCCUUCUUGUGGUUCAAUCUAGUAUUACAUUUAGUAAUCUCUUUAUUUGCUAUAUAAAUGAACAUGUAUUAGGAUUAACAUACAUACAGUAGAUAGAAUAUGUCUUCAUAGAAGUACUACUACUACUAAUACUACUAAUAAAAAUUAUAAUACGUAUCCUCACUAUCAACAUACAACAUGCAGGUGUUUAUCAUAGAAAAAUGUUGAUGUAACAUCAUUUUUACUGAUGUUUAUCAGUGCAGUGGGUGGGUAAGAAAUGUUCGUCCGUAUUGAGCUGGUAGUGGGCUUUACCACCACAGACUGCUGCAGUGAUUCACUUGAAAUCUGGGAAUUCCCAAAGAAGCAAUAUGGAGUCAGCAGGAGGUGAUCUCUUGACGAGAGCAAAAUUGUAGUUAUUGGCUGUUAUACUACACACGCUUGUGUUACUCGACCUUAGUGCAGCUUUUGAUACUAUAGAUCAUACUAUUCUCCUUGAUAGACCAGAAAAUGUUGUUGGCAUUAAGGGAACAGUCCUCUCCUGGCUCAGGUCUUAUUAAACUGAUCGUUAUCAGUUCGUAGAUGUAAAUGGAGACUUCUCUAUGCAUACCGAGGUUAAAUUUGGUGUUCCACAGGGUUCUGUUUUAGGGCCACUGCUCUUUACUUUAUAUAUGCUCCCUCUAGGCCAAAUUAUUCGUAAACAUGGAAUUAUCUUCCACUGUUAUGCUGAUGAUACACAGCUGUAUGUUUCAGUGAAGCCAGAGGACAGACAGCAGCUCAGUAAAGUUGAGGAAUGUGUAAAGGACAUUAGACGUUGGAUGUUAACUAACUUCCUUUUACUUAAUUCUGAUCAGACAGAAGAACUUGUGUUAGGACCACGUGUAGCUAGAAGUAAUCUUUCUGAUCUCACAGUAACUCUGGAUGGUCUUUCUGUUUCAUCAUGUACAGCAGUAAAAGACCUUGGAGUGAUUAUUGACUCCAGUCUAUCAUCUGAUGCUCAUGUAGAUAAUAUUACUAGGAUAGUCUUCUUUCAUCUCAGAAAUAUUUCUAAGAUAAGAAAUAUAUUGUCACUACAUGAUGCAGAAAUAUUAGUUCAUGCUUUCGUCAGCACUAGACUAGAUUACUGUAAUGCCUUACUGUCUGGAUGUUCCAGUAGGAGCAUAAACAAACUCCAGUUAGUCCAGAAUGCAGCUGCUAGAGUCCUAACUAGAACCAGAAGAUACGACCACAUCACCCCGAUCUUAUCCACACUGCACUGGCUCCCAGUGAAAUUUCACAUUGAUUAUAAAAUAUUAUUAUUGGGGCGGCUGUGGCUCAUGUGGUAGAGCGGGUUGUCCACUAAUCGUAGGGUUGGCGGUUUGAUUCCCGGCCCACAUGACUCCACAUGCUGAAGUGUUCUUGGGAAAAACACUGAACCCCAAGUUGCUCCCGAUGGCAAGUUAGUGCCUUGCAUGGCAGCUCUGCUACAAUUGGUGUGUGAGUGUGAGUGUGUGUGUGUGUGUGUGUGUGUGUGUGAAUGGGUGAAUGAGACGCAGUGUAAAGCGCUUUGGAUAAAAGCGCUAUAUAAGUGCGCCAUUUACCGUUUACGAUUAUUAACCUAUAAAGCACUAAACGGUCUCGCGCCACAGUAUCUAAGCAACCUUUUGGUUUUCUAUGAUCCGCCACGCCUACUUCAAUCAAAAGAUGCAGGCUAUUUGACGGUACCUGGAAUAGCGAAGGCUACAGCAGAGGGAAGAGCUUUCUCUUAUAGAGCCCCACAGUUAUGGAACAGACUUCCAAUUAGUGUUCGGCACUCAGACACAGUCUCAGUGUUUAAGUCUAGGCUUAAAACGUAUUUGUUUACUCAAGCCUACCCUGACUAGACUUUCUGUUACACUAAGCACAGUCCUAAUAAUCUUUUCUCUAAUAAUCCCUAAUAAUCCCUCUCUCCUUCUGUUGAGCCACACACGAUUUUAUGGAGAUACUAGAGAUCCUGAUCCUUUCUGCUCUCCGGACCUGCCUGAUCUGUUUCGGAUGCCCUACCUCUGGAUGGAGCUCUCAAGAUGGACACACUCACUGUGGUUGCUGGGACUACGGUUGCUUCUAAGGCCUGGAAUUACAACAUACAGUUUUGCACUCGGGUCUCCUCUGAACAGUGGACUAGUUCAACAGACUUCAUAUUAAACUGUAAUGAACUUUCCUUUACUUUCACGCUAUCCGUUGUUACCCAGAUGAGGACGGGUUUCCUUCGGAGUCUGGUUCCUCUCAAGGUUUCUUCCUCUUAACAUCUUAGGGAGUUUUUCCUCACCACCGUCGCCACCGGCUCGCUCAAUAGGGAUAAAAUCACACAUUUAAAAUCUGUAUCCCGUGUUUAUAUAUUUC